GACAGUACUGAACAUUUUCUCCUAGGCUGCUUGGAGUUUCAUUAAAACUGUAUACCUUAAUAAAAUACUGGAAAGGAGAAAGCUCUCCUAUGCAAUCCCCAGCUAUAAAAUGUAGCGAUUGUUUAGUGAAUGAAGAAGUCACUUUUUGCUAACGCAAACAUGACCACCAGAUUCCAGAGGCCAAGCUCAUAAUAGAUUCAAGUUGAAAAUUAAAGCAUCGUUUUUGUGGGUUUUGCCUGUACACCACCAGAACAAAAUCUGCAGCCAGUUUUUGUAGGCUUCUGCUGCAAUAUAAACCAUGAUGUGGAGUGUCUAUAAAGCAGCAUGUUGUUCCUGUCUUUCUUCCUGAAAUAUCCAGAUUUUUUACUAUGGUAGUUUUAGCACUUCAAACACAGAACAAUACUUAAUCCUUACCUGGCUUAGUAAUUAAUAAUCUGUGUGAAGCAAAGAAACUUUUUGUUUUAUGGGUAAGAAAAUUAAGAUGAAAUAGUGAUCUGUUGGGCAUCGCUCACAGAGCGGCACCAAUGGGGAAUUACGUUCCAGGCUGCCCAGACAGGAGCCAGCUGCUGACCCAGGCCAGCUUUGCUGGCAUCCUGCUGCCUAACGCGGAUGUACGCACCUGGCUUGCAGGGAUAUGCCUGUCUGAGCAACGUGGGUGUGUGGACAGAGUUAAAAAUAAAUAUGGAGAGAGAGAUAUGAGGGUACCAGGUCCAGCCGUGUGUGACGCUGGGCACGCGCAGAUCAGGGAAAAAUCCAGUGCUUGUGUGUAUUAUGUUCCUGUAAAUGCCUUGGGAUAGCGGUGCAGAUGUCUCCCUUGCAUCUAUUUUUUUUUUUUUUUUAACCACAACAUACAACAUCCAAAUCUUGGGUGAAUAGAGCCUCAUUUCAGGGCAAAAGCAAUGAAUAACUCUUAAAGCUAAUUUUCAUGAGAAGACUUUAAAAGCAUUUAAUCAUUUCUCCUCUAAAGAGAAGUAAAUUUGCAAGAGCUCAUCUAGCUCUAACUUUUAGUGCUAUUUAAGUGCUGAAGCCACUCUGCAAUGGAAAAUUUGGACGAUUCAAAAUGAAUGCAUUAAGAUAACAUUUUUGGAACCUCAGACUGAGUAAUUAGCUAAGAGUAUCCCAAUUCUGACAGAAUAAUUGAUGCUCAGAGGGGUGUUUAUUUACAUAUCAAGGUCUUCCUGAAGCCCUCAGGGAACACAGCUUGCUCUUUGUAUGGUAUGGUGAGACUUUAAGCGCAACAAAGUCUAAUACUUUUAUGUUCAAAAGUUUUUCAGAUGUCGAUGUUUAGACAUCAACAAUUAAAAAACAACAAAAACAACCCCCCUUCUCCCCGAGAGACAGGUCCUAAGCGAUAGGAAGUCUGUGCUAUAUAAAACCUUGGACAGUAAGGGAAAAAACGGAUUGGAAGUUAUCUUCAUAAGGUCUGAGCUCAAAGGCUUUGGAGACGGUAGGAGGAUUCCCGGUGAUAGCAAUAAGCUUUGAAUCAGGUUCAAAAUGACUUGAACUAUAUUUUUGGCUACUUUUAUUGCAGACCAUCUUAAUUUUCACAUUCAGGAGCCUAAAUGGUUCACACAGCUGUAAUAUAGGUGCAAGAUUUUGGUCCGUGAUGGAGUGCACCCCUCCCUCUUCCCUGCAGCUCGAGGAAGGCGCUGCUGAGUGCUGCGGCCCGGUUGCGAGUUGUUGACGCAGGUGCCCGAGGGGUCGCGGGAGCUGAGCCCUUGCAAGCGGAGCUGCGCUCGGUGCUGUGUGGGGUGCUGCCCCUUUGCAGAAACACCUUGUGUCGCUCCUGCGAGGCACCUGUGGAUCCAGACCCGCGGGCUGGAUUUCUGUAUGAGUUUUUCUGAAAACAGUAAGGAAGUAGAUCAGGGAAAUUAGGUUUGCUAUGGAUUUUAAGCUCGUUGACUUUGUCUUCUGAUUGCUUUGUGCUAUUGUACUGGGAGGUGAAGGAUUGCCUGGCUGGCAGGCAGAGGAGAACGCGUAUGCUUCCUUCUAGCUGAUGACCUAGACUGGGAACUUGGCGAUCGUGGUAUAAAUGGAAACAAAUAUGGAGAGAUGAACUCUAGUCAAAAAAGAUUGGGAUACAGAAUUGAUGUGUUGCUCAUACAAAACUUCCUGAACUAACAAAGUGACUUUUUCCAGAGGCUGGUAAGGUAAGAAGUAAACUGGUUACACUGGUUUCUGGGUAGUUUGUUUUGGUUUUUUUUUUUUAAUAAUAAAUGGAAUAUGUUGACAAAUGCUGACACUAAUUGGGUUGAGACAAAUGGAUCGUUUCAGUAACUCUUUUAUCCUUGUGCUAAAUCAUCCAAGUUGUUAAUGGUUGUUGGCUUUGAUUUCAGCAGAAAAUCCAGUACUUUGCACAUGAAAUCAGUUUUCUGAGGUGCCUAAGUUAUUGUAUUUAGCCUAACUUCAAGCAAUAGCUUUUAAAGACUGUGGCCUUGGACUUCAACAAAUGGUGACUAAAUAUGUCUGUAGCUGUGAUUUCAGAUACCAAGGGUGAAAAACUUCUGAAGUUUCAUGCGAAGCCUCCCUAGUAUCUGCCUAUUGUGUGCCAAAUUUUUAGAAAGAUUUCUCAGAGUAGUAAUCUGUAUGAACCUCUCUUCUUGGAGAAGACUUAUCUAGAGUUUAGACUCGAUUUUAUGCUCUAAAGCUGUUGAUUUUAAAGAAACGUCACACAGGAUAUUUUGAAGGCUUUACUGCUGGCCAGCAUAUUUAAUUAAGGAGUUACUUGAAUGAUGGUGCUCUAGAUGGUUUCUGCCCAUGGUAAAUGCAUAAUUUUAUAAAGCAUUUUCUGCCUCUUUGCCAUAAGCUUAUAGCUGCUGCACAACUCUCUAAAAGCGCGGGAAUAUACUGUCUCUUUAGUUUAGAUGACCACAGAAGACUUGAUGCCAAACAGUGUUUUUUGAUUUGAGUGCAACUGAUGGUUGCAGGUAAUGUAUCUCAAUGUUUUCUUCUCUGUUUGAAGAUCAUAUAUGUCAUAAGUGAGGGUUGUUCUUGAGUCAUGCACAUUUUACUUCAGCUAGUUGGCCUGAUGGCUGUUAACAGCCUCUUGCACUAUGGAACCUGUUUAUAGUGAAAUCUUUGAUGUACCGCUGCACUUGUACCUCCUCUGCUCAAUAGAUUAACUUCAUCACAGGGAGCCUUCUUUAGCAGAGGAGCUGUGACUUGAAAUGUCCAACAUGUCAUUGCUCAACAACAGCAAGAGGCUUUUACUUCACUUGCUUAUCAAGUCAUUUCACCCCUUCCACAUUCACUAUAAACUGGUUCUGCUAUAAAUCUGAGCUUCAAUGAAGCCUGUGCUGAUGGCAUUGCAUAGAUUAUUGCACCCUAAUCUUGCAUGUCUUUUUGCAAAGCCCUCCCUUAUUCUUAAUUUAUAUUUCCUUUCUUGCUGCAGUAUUUUCUUUUUAUUUUUUAUUGUAGGAUCGGGAUACUCACCCCUUGAAGAUGAUGAAGAUGUGUAUGCACGCAAUAGAUACAAAGAAACACCAUGGUGCUCUCCCAUUAAGGUGAAACAUGGUUAUGCAAACUGCAGGACACCUCAAGGGGAAUAUUAUAAGAAUGUGUUGGGUACAAGAUGUGACAUUCGUUGUCAAAAAGGCUACGAACUGCAUGGCCCUCAGCAGCUAAUUUGUCAGUCGAGCAAACGCUGGUCUGGGAAAGUGUUGUGCAAACAAAAGCGCUGCCCGACCCUGUCCAUGCCAACCAAUGGAGGGUUCAAGUGUUUAGAUGGUGCUUACUUUGGCUCCAGGUGUGAAUACUACUGUUCGCCAGGGUACCAGCUGAAAGGCGACCGUAUAGUGACGUGCAUGGACAACAAAGUCUGGAGUGGCCGGCCAGCUUCCUGCGUUGAUACAGAACCACCGAGAAUCCAGUGCCCGAGUGUAAAGGAGAAAAUCGCAGAGCCCAAUAAGUUGACAGCCAGAGUGUUCUGGGACACCCCUGAGGGAAGGGACACUGCUGAUGGGAUUUUGACAGAUGUGAUUUUGAAAGGCCUGCCGCCGGGGUCGCAUUUUCCAGAAGGUGACCACAAAAUCCAAUAUACUGUGUAUGACAGAGCUGAAAACAAAGGCACUUGCAAAUUUCUUGUUAAAGUCAGAGUCAGGCGCUGUGUGAAAUUAAACGUCCCAGAUAAUGGCUACAUCAAGUGUUCAGGUGAUGGAAAUAACUAUGGUGCUACAUGUGAGUUUUCCUGCAUCGGUGGCUACGAGCUGCAAGGAAGCCCAGCUAGAGUAUGCCAGUACAAUUUGGGGUGGUCAGGAGUGGAGCCAACCUGUGCACCUAUGAAUAUUAAUGUGAACGUAAGGACAGCAGCUGCACUUCUAGAUCAGUUUUAUGAGAAACGGAGACUGCUAAUUAUUUCAACUCCUACUGCAGCCAACUUCUUCUACAGGAUGCAGUUGGGAAUGUUGCAGCCAGCACAGUGUGGUUUAGACCUUCGACAUGUUACAGUAGUUGAAUUGGUGGGUGUGUUCCCAGCACAGAUAGGACGAAUUGGUGUAAAGCUGCUGCCCCCAUCACUUGCACUGCAACUCAGACUGUUGUUGCGAAUCCCCCAUUAUAACUUCAACAUUGUGGUGAUGGACAAGCAUGGAAUGGACAAGGAACGCUACCCUUUCCCAGCAACACCAGCUGAGCUCUUUGCACUUAUUGACAAUUUUCCCUUGAGGAAAGAAGAAAUGAAACUGCAAGCAGAAAUUGGCCAGUCAUGUCCUUAAUUCAGAAUUGCAGGGCUUUCAUUUUUUGGUGAAUUUUUUAAUCCACAUAAUUCUCCCCUUGGUGCUACACAAAGCAUGGCUUUUUUAAAUCACUGAUGUACAGAUUUUUUGUGUGUAUUGUUAAGUCUGUCCUGUUGUGUAGCUACUCUGCAUAGACAUAUGCAUGAUGCUUUUUUGUACUUUCAGCCAUCUUUAGAGAAAUUGGCAUGUAGAAUUAUUACCCAGUGGAAUUGCUUGUACAGACAGUGAAGAACUGAGGCAUGUCUCCAGGAGUUUAUUUUGGAUUUUUCAUUCAGUGUAAAAUUGGGGUUUCUUUCUGACUGUUUUUAAGUCUUUUUAU